AUCUUAUGAGUAUCAUGUGAACACGAUUGAAUAGUGGUCUGGGUUUUUUAUUUGCACAAAUGAGGAUGUGUUCAAGUGCAGCGUGAACUAUCAGGACGCCACUAUCGACAUCUUAAGUAUAACAGAAGUGAUCAGGAUUUGUUUUAGGACUAGUAGGACUUCCUGGAGAGCACUAUAGAGUGGAUUAUCCAGGUGAAAUAAAGUAAAUUGAAUGUACAUUUUUCUGUAGCUGAGAACCCUGUGUGUCUGUCGGCUCGUCUCUCUGGUCGAUUCUGUUGUCAGUUAUUAUGCAUAACCAUGGUGUCACUCUGCUCUCCAGGUGCCAAAACCAUCUGAUGCUGCAGCCUAAUCUGGUCGCCUGGGACUGAAUACACACACACACACACACACACACACACACACACACACACACACACACACACACAGACACACAGACGGCCAACAUGGCGUCCGACCCACCCAUCCUGACAGAGCAGCAGGAGCUGCAGAGGAGAGCCAAUCAGGUCACAGAUGAGUCCCUGGAGAGCACAAGGCGGAUGAUGCAGCUGGUCGAGGAGAGUAAAGAUGCUGGGAUCAGAGCUGUGGUCAUGCUGGAUGAACAAGGAGAGCAGUUGGAGCGUAUUGAGGAAGGCAUGGACUCCAUCAACAGGGACAUGAGAGAGGCUGAGAAGAACCUGACAGACAUGGCCCAGUGCUGUGGUCUGUGUAUCUGGCCAAUCAGGAAAUUGAAGGCCUUUGAGGAGAGCGGAGCGUACAAGGCAGUGUGGGGCGGAGGCUCCGGUCCGGAUGGCGUUGUGUCCAAUCAGCCGCCGUCGUCUCGAGUCGUCGAUGAGAGGGAGCAAAUGAUCAUGAGCGGAGGAUACAUACGGAGGGUGACUAACGAUGCCCGUGAAGACGAGAUGGAGGAGAACCUGGCCCACGUCGGCAGCAUCAUCGGAAACCUGAAGAGCAUGGCUCUGGACAUGGGCAACGAGAUAGACACACAGAACAUCCAGAUCGAACGCAUACAGGGAAAGGCUAUUCUCAACGUGUCCCGCAUCGACGCUGCCAACCAGAAAGCCAACAACCUCAUGAAACGAUAGAAGGAGCGCUCUUCCAUUUCACUCUUUGUUUUCUACUAAUUCUUUCUACUUGCAAUUUCUAUGUUUCUGCAUGCUGUGCCAAGUGUGCUGCUGUUUCUGUGCUUUACAUUUUCUCAUCAUUUUAUUGCUGUGAUAUUCCUAUAGGGACUAUAAGUCUAUGAUUCUCAGUAGUGAGGUGUUAAUUAUGUCUUAUGUUGUGUUCCUAUUUAUUCUCAUAUAUUCUGAUAGGGAGUUUUGCUGUGGUGCUGAUAUGACAUAACCCUUUUGAAAUGUGUCAUGGGGUUAUUAUAACUAUUUCACAACA